AACGGUCACCAUUUUGUAAAGUGUGCAAAGUUCACUGGUAGCCGAGUGAUCCUUGAUAGGUCAAUGAAAAAGAAAACUCCGUGCCGCCGAAACUUUGUAAAGCGAUAGCAUGGAUUGACAACUAGUGAAACGACAUAUUUGAUUCUAGUCAUGCGUGGAUGCAAGAGUUCAGACCAGUACAGUGCCACCAACGCAGUAUAUCAACUUUUGUGACCCGAUCCCUGCUGGAAUGCUGCCCCGACCUUACCCCUCCUUGUGUCGUAAAGUUGGUGUUGAGGGCCAAUUUGUUCCGGUAUCUCCCGAGAUGACAUCGGUCGUUCGAAGCGUUAAAGCAUCCAGUGCAUUUGCGAACGGAGAAUGUUGUUCGCCAUAAUCUGACCAGGGCCCACCAGGAAAGCCAUGCACCAAACAAGACGGAGGAAAAAGCGACCCAGCUAUGGGGUUAGAACUGUGGAGCUGUCUCGGGGCAAAAAAGGUUUUGGCUUCACAAUCUCGGGCCAGGCACCGUGCAUCCUCAGCUGCAUUGUUGCUGGCAGCCCAGCUGAGCGUGUGGGUUUGCGGCCAGGUGACUUCCUUGUUGCAGUGAAUGGACACAAUGUAUCACGGGCACCCCAUGAUGAUGUGGUGCGGCGCAUUGGGAGUUCAUCAGGUCCCCUGAAGCUCCAGAUUGCUGAGAAUUAUUACUCCGAUUCCUCCGACGAGGAGGCAGCCACCCCUGGCCGUACCCACCACACAAGGCCACGGCAUAGACACGUUCCUCGCUUGGCAGCACGGGAUGCCCAUGGGCUCUUCCCUCCAAGUACUAAUCAAGCAGACAGCAACAAGGCAUUGCUGGAGCUCAUCCUGGAGCAAAAGGGGCUGCGCACCUCACUGGUCUUGCGUACAGUUGUGGGCUACCUGGGCACCAUUGAACUACCACGUGAGGUGGCUGGUUCACGGCUUCAGGCCAUUCGCAGCUGUGUACGUCGCCUGCGCCUUGAGCAGAAAGUGCACACGCUGGUUCAGUUGUCUGUGCUGCGGGAUGGUGUGCUGCUGGCUGACCUGCGGGGUGCAGCCCUGGCACGUUUUCCAGCUGAGCGCAUUGCAUUCAGUGCGGCUUAUGCUGAUGAUAGCCGCUUUCUUGGCUUGGUAACCAAGGGAGCAGAUGGUGCCCUCUCAUGCCACGUACUCAUGGUGGACUCGCGGCUGAGACUUCCCCCAGGCGUAUUGCGGGCAGCACCUCUGCACACAUCUGCGGAGCCCAUCUUACGGGCUGUAGCUGCACUCUACCACCGUGCAGAUGGCCCUAACGCCUCUCCUCAGCCCAGUCAGGCAGGCAGCAGCAAUAGCAGCAACAGUGACAGUGGAAUUGGCUUCAGAGAUGAAGGUAACUCGAGUGACCGUGUGCUUGUGGUGGAUGUGGAAAACCAGCCGCGCUUCCAAAGCUUCAGCUUGGACCGGCAGGGGGCACUGCCUGCGUGCCCAGACACUGAGCGGUUGCGGGCACGGGCCAUGCCAGAUCCUGUAGGAGGAGUCAGUGGUGAGGCUCCCCUCGCCUUACCAGAUUGGGUGGACAGCAGCCCCCUUGGCGGCUCCUUGCUGGAUGACACACUCACAGCUGCAGACCCUUGUCCCGAUGGAGAGAGUGUUGACCUCCAGUCCUCUACAAAGGGAGAAGAUGGCAGUUCCUCGGCUACCCCACGUAGGAAUGAAAGCAGCUGCAGUAGCAACAAGAAUUGGACACGGUCUUCGUCGCUUCGAAGGCAUCAACGGCGAAGUCAUCAUCGACGCAGCACACAUGAGGCAGGUACUGUGUCUGAUGGGGAGGUGACAAGUGAGAAGCUCUCCAUGUCAAGCAGCGUGCAAAGCUUGGAGCAAGCAAGCGAUUCCAGCAGCACUUGUGAUCAGCCACGGGGUCGUGUGGGCCGCUGGCUUGCUGGUUUUGAUGAACUUUUGCAUGAUCCUCUUGGUCUCCUAGUGUUUGCAGAAUUUCUGAAGAAGGAAUUCAGUCAAGAGAACAUCUUCUUCUGGGUGGUGUGUGAGCAGUACAGAAAAAUGCUCGACAGGUGUGAGCGCAAGGCAGCUGCCACUGCCAUCUACCAAAAGCACUUGGGCCCUGGUGCACCUGAACCCGUCAAUGUGGACAGCCGGGCACAGCUCUCCGUGCAGGAAGGCUUGGAAGAGGCUGCGCCUGACCUCUUUGUGCCAGCACAGAAGCAGAUCUUCAACCUGAUGAAGUUUGACUGCUACCAGCGGUUUCUGAAGUCAGAACUAUUUAAACAGUGCAUGCUGCGUGAGGUGCAAGGAAAACCUGUCUUUCCCGAAGCUGAGAAGGAAGCUUGGAAGCUUCACAAGGAGGACAAGCGUCGCAGGUCCUUCUUGCCAUGGCACAAAAAUCUGAAGUUGGUGGGUAGCAAAUUGGGUGAAAGAGCUGCCUGGGCUCGAAGGUCUUCCAAGAAGAAAAAGACGCCCAAGGAGAGCACAGCUUCAGACCUCACCAGCAGCCACUCCUCGCUAGCUAGUAGUGAAGCCAGCCUGGGGCUGCUUUGCUCUGCAUCUCGUGAGUCACUGACAGGGGCGCCAGACUCCAAUUGCAUCCUCAGUAGAGUCAUACUGCCAGAUGGCUCCUCCACUGUGGUUCGAGUCCACCGUGGUGAGACUGUUGGUGCCAUGCUUAUGCUGCUGCUGCAGAAGCGCUCACUAACCUACUCUGUUGUGGACAUCUUCGUCGCUGGUUCAGACAAGCCUAUAAGUCCGAAUAUUGACGUUACAAUGGUUGGCUGCAAGGAAAUUCAUGUUGAACCACGGGCAGUGUUCUGUGUGAUUCUGCCCAACAGCAAGAUGCUUGGUGUGAAGGCAGUUCCUCGCCGUUCAUGUGGAGAGGUGCUGCGUCCCAUAUUAGCAAAGUAUAGUGUCCAGUUGGAGCAUGUCACUCUGCGCAUGUUUCCUGUGCAAGGUGUGACGUUAAAGCCAUUGUCAUCCAGUGCCCUCGUCGCUGACGUUGAUGGUCAACACAUUGUGGUGCAAUUCAAGGAGAAUGGUUCUGAGAACCGUAGUACACCUGCUGUGCGACUUCUGCCUCAUGGAGAGUCUGUGGUUCCUCGGUUCCUGGAUGCCAUUCAUGAUGGAAAAGUGCAGUUCGACGACCUUGGUGUAACGGACCUGGACAUACUGUUUCCCCCUGUGGUGGAACUGCGCCAGUGUGGCAAGAGCCAUGGCAUGUACCUCCCACCUUCUGCUCUGCGGCCAAGCAUUGAAAAGAGCCCUCUUGUAGAGCGCUUGCGGCAGAGGGAGACAAGCCCCAGGGAAAGAGAUGAUGCACGUGACUUAUGGGUGUGCCGGGAACUGGUUCGAAACCUGGAUGCAGCUGCACCAUCUCCUCCACCACCAUUGCCUCCCAAGGCAAAGCAGCGAGGACCCCCUCCACGACCCCCUUCUCGACCUCAAGGUGGCUACCUGUCAGAUGACGAGGAGCCAGGUCUAACAGCCAAGCCUUUAGAGCACGGAGACUUUGUACACAUCCCUACCAAGACUUCCUUAACCAAUCAUGAUUGCAACAUUAGUUUUGUCUGAGGUUGUACGAUUUCUGGGCUGGGUUCAGCUUGUGGUUAUGGUGCUGAUGAUAAACUGGUAAAAUUGUGCAUACUUGACGAACACUAUCAAGUGUGCCAGACUGCUAACAAAUAGGAGGAACACAGUUUGUGUACCUCCUCUUGUAGUUCAUGUAACAUUAUAAACUGAGUGUCGUUUUUAUUUAACUCGGACCUGCAUUGUGGCGCCUUGCUGACAUUUGGCUACAAUGAUGAAACGUGGCUGAGGGAGCACUUGCUAUACAGCAGUAAUUUGUGUGCAACAUUUUUCUAAACUAUUAUGUGAAUGUUCUUUCAUACACCAUGCUAGCAUGUAGGGAUAGUUUAUAUGAAACUGUGCAGCUGCAGUGCAGCUUGAUAACUAUUAUUAAAAUUCAUGGUGAGCUUGCCUGUGGUGGCAAUAACUAACUGGUGCUGCAAAUUUCCUUCUGCUCAGGGCCACUCUAAGGCCCACACAUGCUAGCUUUAAGCUAGCUGGCUACCUCUGUUAGGUAUGUUGUGCCGAGCACUAGCUCGCUCAGACCACUAUAUGUACCGUAUUUACUCUGUUCUAACACGCACUCUAUAUACUUACUUAUUUUAAGAUGACUAAAAUUCACAUGCAUGAUGGUUUGAAAGGAAAAAAUAGUUCAUACAGCUUUGCUGCUCACCCCACUUAUUUUCUAUAGAAAAAACUGUGACUGGUCAUUUGGGUAGCAGUUUUAAGUAGUCGCUACUUGCUUGCAGCUGUGUUAUGCCUCUUGGAGCCACACCAUUGUGGUCCACAUACCAAAUUGGUGGAUUCGAAUUACUUCUGUGCAUUGAUUGGCGGAUGAGUUCCAAUGCACACUUUUUCCCCCCCGUUUCCGGUUACCGCAACGUGCAAUAUGAGGGACCCCUCACAAAGUUUGGCCAUUGCAAACAGAUGAACAUUGUGCAUAAAUAAUGCAGUGAUGAUUGUGUUUGCAAAGUAUUGCACCGGUGUGCACUGCAAAUGAAGCUGAAGAUACGAACAAAACCUUGGACUCUUCUCAAACAAGCUCCUUGGCUUGCCCACGGGGGAUGACGUCAGUUGUGUGGCACUUCCAUGUCAUGCAGAAAUAGCCGGCAGCGGUGUGAACAACUUGGGGAUUUCUGUGAAAAACAGAGUGCGCCGUAAUUAAGGGAGACAAAAACAAAAUGGUUGUGGCAAUGAACGUGAAGUUGGUGAUCUUGCCAAAAACGAGAAAGGAUGUGGGCCCUCAGCUCUGAAUCUGCCAUCUUUGCAUGAAUUACACAAACCAAAUGAAUUUCAGCAGUGAAAUCUUGCAUGCUACAGUCAAGAAUUUGCAUUUUUUUUUUUCUGACCAUGAAAAUUGCUAUUGCGUUACAAUACAGUUUGUGGUUGAAUUGAGUAAAUACGGUACCUUUGUCUGCUUGGCCCCUCAAUUUUCAAUAAAGGACCAUGUCUUGUAGUUUGUCUAGCUUUUUUUUUUUUUUUUCAUAGCUGCAGCUGCAAUUUAAUUAAAUUUCACUCCUGUGUACACUUUUGUUGUAGUAACAAAAAAUAAGGGCAGAGUUGUCAGGACCUGCCCUGGAGAUCAUGUCAAUGUGGUCUGUCGUAUAGAUUGUGCAUUUUAAUAUGGCCGUCUCUUGGGUGAUGGAAGAGUUGGCUGUAAGUACUGCCAUGUGUAUGUAACAUAUUUGGCCACUCAUUACCACAGGUGUUCAUGCACCACUUUUUGGUGCCUUUUCUUAUAUCUACACUGUAACAAAGCACAAUGUUCAUGUUUAGUAUAAAAUUAGCACUGCUGGUGAAAGUAUGUUUGGUGCAAAUGGUAUCUAUUUGUGCUAGCCUGUGGUUGUUAACAUUGCUGUGGAUGAGUUGUCGGUGCACUGGCAUAGUGUGCUGUGUAGCUGUAUCAUACAUGAAGACUGAACUGCAAGUGGGUAUGUAUACUGCUUUCUUCAUUGCUUGAAUGCAACAUUUUUUUUUUUUAAUGAUAUAGUCACAUAUUUGUUUUUUGCUGUUUGUGGCACACUUGGCAUAGGAAAAUGGGGCUGUAUUUUCAUCAUUUUGCUUCUUUAGCUGGGAGUCUCUCCCUGCUUGGUUUAUUCACUUAUUGAGGAAAAUGUUUCUACCUCAGACCUCAAGUAGAAGCAUCCUCUUUUACGAAAAGAUUUUCUUCCAACCAAAUGUGAUUGUUCAAUAUUCGUACAUACCUAGUGCUUAAUAAAUAUUCUAAUGCUCUGUGCUACUGUACACAGCUAUAUCCUUUAUUCUAGUAGGAGCAAGUGCACAUUGCCUUAGCCUCUGUCAUACUGGGCACAUUUUUCCAGUGUACUAGGAGUAAAGGCCCAUUCACACUUGCGACUAGGCGAGGUCGCGUGACCAAUUGCGACUGGCGACCAGAAAACUACUCAAGACGAACGAUGUUCACACUUACAAAUGCGACCGACGAGUCGCUAAACCGAAAUGUAUCACGAUAUGCCGUUCACGUCUGCUUGAAAUGUCAUCGCCGCAUAAAAUAAGCGUCAGCGUAUACGGACGUCCUGUUCCUUCGCAUCUGAUUGGUUCAGCUGUUCUGCGACUGCGGUCGCCCGACUGAAAAAUCUAGCAGUGAGCGACUGGCCCGAAACGGUCGCAUUUCGAGAAAAGCGACCACUUGCGAUUACUUGCGACUGGUCGCGCGACCUCGUCUAGUCGCAAGUGUGAAUGGGCCCUAAUAGCAGUGAAAAACUUCACAAUAAAAAUAUAUAAGCACUAAACUGGUCAGAGCUGUUAACCCUUUCAGACGCCACUUUAUCCCGUUGAUCUACAGGAACUUCAAAUAGAACAAACUAUUUCGUUUUGAAAAGCUUGAAAAGCACUUAUCCAGCCAUUUGAAAGUUAUGCCUGGUGCAUGACAUUGUGAAAAACAAUGAAAGGAGUAAACCCACUACAUACAAGGAGAUACUUGCACCAAGCAAGUACACUCAACCAUCUACCUUCCCACUCAUUUUCCUAAAACAUUCUGCAUGUUAUUUAAAAUUGUAGCACAAUUCGAAUCAUAAGUGUUUCAAGAUUUUUCGAUGGGGGCGAAAUGCAAAAACACCCGUGUAUUUAGAUUUAGGUGCACAUUAAAGAACUCCAGGUGGUCCAAAUUUCCGGAGUCCCCCACUACAGCGUGCCUCAUAAUAAGAUUGUGGUUUUGGCUCGUAAAACCACAUAAUUUAAAAAAAAAAGUGUUUUAAGAUGUAUGCGACGCAUUUUAAAUAUCGUUACUUUCAUCGGUGCUUUUGCUUCACUAUCUUGGUGUCCACAAUUGUGUACAUAGCGUCUGAAAGGGUUAAAAAAGCAUGCAUGCACCCAGGCAAAAUGGUAAAAAAGGCCAAUAUCUUCUAUGCAUACUUUAUAUAAUUGUGUUUCUUCCAUCUAGGUGCUAAUUUCACUGUUGGAUAAUACUUGAGAAUAUUCUGCAGAUACUCAGCAUUGAGUGCCAAUACUGUUGCUAGUGUCCACAGAGGGAAUGUUGAACCUUUGUGUACAUCUUGCAUAUAUCACAAGAGCAUCCUACUCUGCCAAUUUCUAUGUGUUUUAAGGUUCAAAGCAACAUUCGGUGCCAACACAGGAUGCCAGCAAAUCCAAAGUGCAUUUAAUUUGCAUUUACUGAUGGUAUUUCUAUUUUUCGAUGUAUAUAUAGUCUUGUAUGUAUGAGGGAAAUAUUUAAGUUGCAAUUAAAGAGGAUUUUUUUUACAGCUUU